UCUCUCUUGUUUUUUUUUGCUACAUGAGCUUUUAGCAUCAUCUCUACAAAUUCCAAAAACAAAUACUAUGUCUUGCCUCUCUCAACCUUCUCACCCCACCAUCUCUGCCAGUUCAUCCCUUUUUUCACCUUUCAUUUUCAUUCAUUCAUUUACUACUCUUUAUUUUUGUGCAUAAAUAUUUUUAAGUACCACUUUUCUUCUAUGAAUAAAGAAACAAAUUUUUUGUUACAUAAAUGCCAAUACAUAAUACUCCAAAACAUUGAACACCGUUUAAGCUCAAACACUUAUUAUUAUCGUCUUCUUACAGCUUUGUCUCACUCUUCCCAAGAUCCUCUUCUUCUACUUCUUCUGGAAAUCAUAAUUCAUUAAAAUACUUGAGAGUUGCAUUAAUUUAUUAUUUUUUUCAACAUUUUUUGAUCUUCUUUCAAAGGAAUAAUAACUGGGUUCAGAAAUUCAGCAAAAUCCAGGCACGUUUCUGUUUCUGGGUUUCUUCCUAUAUUCAAUUCAAACUCUUUUUUCCCGCUCUAAAAAUGCUUAUAUGCUGGAAUGCAUGCUUCCCAUGAAGUGAAAAAGAUGAAUACUAAAGCACGCACGUCUCAACAGAUUCGGAAAUAUCCUUUAAACCAUCAAAAUGAAAAUAAGGUGGAGAUGCAGGGAAUUAGAUCACCAAGUUCAGGGAAAGCUACAAUCAAUGGAAGUCCUAAAAGCAGAGAGAAGAAAUUAGCUUUAUUGCAAGAUGUUGAUAAACUGAAGAAGAAGCUCAGAGAUGAAGAAAACAUACACAGGGCUCUCCAAAGAGCCUUUAACAGGCCUUUGGGUGCUCUUCCUCGGUUACCUCCAUAUCUCCCUCCUAAUACACAAGAGCUUCUUGCUGAGAUCGCUGUCUUGGAAGAGGAGGUGGUUCGGCUCGAGGAGCAGGUUGUGACUUACAGGCAUAAUUUAUACCAGGAAGCUGUGUACAUUUGCUCAAAGAGGAAACUAGAGAAUCCAGCUGAUUACUAUGAGCGAAUUCUGAGUAGAUGUUCUUCUAAAGAAGAGCAAUCUGAUUCAGAGAAAUCUCCAUUAUCAGUUGCUAGAACGGCGUCAACUUCAUCUGACAUUGUGUCUGGUCGAUCUUCACUAUCAUUAGCUAGAACCACAUCAACUUCAUCUGACAUUGUUACUGAUCAAACAGUGCAAAAUACUAGUGAUGUGGUUGACGGUAAAGGUUCUUUGGAUGAACCAAACUCAACUGCAGAUUCUUUAGAAAAUUGUAGAAGGAAAGAAAAUCUGACACAUUGCAAUUCCAAUCAAAACACAAACCUUAUAUCUCAUCAUACUAGGCGAAGGUCCACUGAUUUGAUGAAUGGAAAACAAGGUUUAAGUGUUCCUAAUUUCUCCUUGGAGUCUGAUAAAGAGGGGAAAGGAGAAGAUGAUCAUAAGACUUGUAUUUCCUUUAGAAACAUACAAUUUUCGGAAAGGAAACUUUAUAGAGUCAAGACGCCGGUUAAGAAGUCCUCUUUCAAGCGUCAACCGUCUCAGAAGUCUGUGAAUUCUCCCAGAAAGCAGCCUGUGAACAAGGAAUUGGGAGGAGACAGCGAACCAAACAAAAUCUCAGAGGAUAUAUUGAAAUGCUUGUGUAGUAUCUUUAUCAGGAUGGGCACAACAAAUGAUAAAGGGACUCCAUUGGACACAUCGCCUUACUCUCUAUCAUUCGUUUCUCACCACAAAAAGAAAAAUGUGGCGGUUCAGGAUCCUUAUGGAACUUCUGCUGAAUUCAAGGAAAGAGAUAUUGGUGCUUACAAGGGAUUCUGCAUAGUUGAUGCUAUCUCCCUUGAUCUUAAGCGCAAAAGAAAUGCUCUGUUCUUACUUCAUAAACUAAAGCUCCUCCUUGGAAAGCUUGCCAGAGUCAGUUUGGACGGUCUUAGUCACCAGCAUAAGCUUGCAUUUUGGAUAAACACUUACAAUGCCUGCUUGAUGAAUGCUUUUUUGGAGCAUGGCAUACCCGGAAGUCCUGAAAAGGUUGUCUUAUUGAUGCGUGAGGCAACUUUGACAGUGGGAGGCCAGAGAAUGAAUGCGAUCACAAUCGAGCAUUUUAUAUUAAGAUUACCGUUCUAUUUGAAACAGGGUAGCAAAAAAGCAGCCAAAGGUGAUGACUUGAAGACCAGCCAAAUGUUUGGUUUGGAGUGCGUAGAACCACUGGUUACAUUUGCAUUAUCCUGUGGAAGUUGGUCAUCUCCUGCUGUGAGGGUGUACACGGCAUCUCAAAUUGAAAGCGAGUUGGAAGUAGCAAAGAGGGAGUAUCUGCAGGCUGUAGUUGGAGUGUCGAAGAAUGACAAGUUCAUAAUACCGAAAUUGUUGGAUUGGUAUCAACUUGACUUUGCAAAGGAUCUAGAGUCAUUGCUUGAUUGGGUCUGUCUCCAGUUACCUGAUGAGCUUAGGAAAGACUCACUUAGCUGCCUUCAGAAAAAAGGAAAAGUUCCUCUUUCGGAUUUAGUAGAAGUGGUGCCCUAUGAUUUCAAUUUCAGGUACAUUAUACACCCAUAAAAAUCUCUGCAAUUUGAGAUUUUUUAUCUUCUACUUCAAAAAAAGUUGUAGGUCUGUAUUUUACCAGCACAAAGUCACACAGAAGUACAUAGAAAGUUGGGUCUUUUUUUUUUUUUUGCAAAAUUCUUAUUUCGGUUGCUUUUUUGUGAGGCAGUGAAGUAGUUACCUCUAUACCUUCAUAAAUGGAUCCUCUGUAUUGAUUGUUUUACUUAGACUUGAUGUAAUUAGUCCCCUUUGUUCUAAUCUUUUGCCAUUCUUUUGGUUAUUUCAUCCAAGAAAUAAAUCAAUAAAAAUUCAGAUGUUUUUCCCCUCAA